UAAACAGGUACACCCGUUGCCUGUUGUUGGUCGCGUUAAAAAAGAAACCAAAAAAAGAAACAGAAAGAGCGAGAGAAAGAGAAAGAAGAUAAUUAAGAAAUAAUAUCCGUACAAAAAAUCGAGAUGGGUAUUGGAAUAUUUCUACUGAUUUCGGGUGCUACAGUUGUUGCUUUGGGCAAUGCUGCUUCCAUUGGCAGUACGAACAGCAAGGUCACGGACGAUUGUACCAGCAAGAUUUAUUGCGAAGGGCCACUUUUGCAAACAGUACAGUUAGCUCAAAUCUUCAAUGACAGUAAAACAUUCGUUGACCUGUUUCAGAAGAAUGAUCCUGAAAUUACGCUUAUCAAUUUUGACAAAUUAAUGGCAGAAACGAAUAAUCAACCAAAUCGUUCGCAAGUAAAUCAAUUCGUUUUGGAAAAUUUUUCAAUGGAAAGUGAACUAGAUAAUUAUACGUUACCCGAUUGGCAAGAAAAUCCUCCAAUAUUAAAAACCAUUGAAGAUCCUAAUUUGCAAAAGUGGGCUAAAGAAUUGAACGAAAUAUGGAAAAAAUUGGCGAGAAAGAUAAAACCGAUGGUAUCGGAACAUCCAGAAAGGCAUAGUAUUAUUUAUGUUGAUAAACCAUUCGUAGUACCUGGUGGUCGAUUUAAAGAAUUUUAUUACUGGGACAGUUAUUGGGUAAUUGAAGGAUUAUUGAUAUGUGGAAUGACUGAUACUGCUAGAGGAAUGAUUGACAACUUUUUAUCGAUGGUAGAAAGAUUUGGAUUUAUACCAAACGGUGGUAGAGUUUAUUAUCUUAUGAGAAGUCAUCCACCAUUAUUAAUUCCCAUGGUCAAGCUGUAUUUAGAGUACACGCAAGAUUACGAGUAUUUGAAGAAAAUAAUCGGAACCUUGGAAAAGGAAUUUGAUUAUUGGAUUAAGUACAAAAUGAUCAAUGUUAAUAAAAAUGGAAAAACUUAUAGGAUGGCUCAUUACGUAGUUAAUAGUCCAAGGCCACGACCAGAAAGUUAUAAGGAAGAUUAUUAUUUGGCUCAGAGAUUUUCGGACGUUGAUGAACAGGCAUCAUUUUACAAUGAUCUGAAAGCUGGUGCUGAGAGUGGUUGGGAUUUUUCAGGAAGAUGGUUUACAGGGUCGGAUGGUCAAUUGUCAAAUAAUUUGAUUGAUAUUAAUACGCAUAACAUAAUACCCGUUGAUUUGAAUAGUUUUCUACAACAGAAUGCACGUACUUUGGUUAAAUUUUUGACAAAAAUUAAAAAAGUACAAAAAAUUUCAUAUUACGUGAAUAUGGCGAACAAAUUUCAAAAAGGUAUUGACGAAGUAUUGUGGAACGACGAGUAUAAUGUUUGGAUGGAUUAUGAUUUGAAAAAUCAACGUCAUAGAACAUCAUUUUAUCCAACAAAUUUGUCACCAUUAUAUACCCUAAGCUACAAUGCUAAUAAUGUUCAAGAUAUUGCACUUGGUGUUGUAUCUUAUUUAAAGAAAACAGGAAUCCUUACCUACUUUGGUGGUACUCCAGCAUCCCUAAAUCAAACCGGUGAACAAUGGGAUUUCCCUAACGCAUGGCCACCUCUACAAUCUAUAAUGAUUCAAGGAUUAUACCGAACUCAAGUAACCGAAGCUGUUCAAUUCAGUUCGCGUCUUGCACAAAGAUGGCUAGAAUCUAAUUAUAUUGGCUUUGAAGCUACAGGAAAAAUGUUCGAAAAGUAUGAUGCUACUUCACCCGGUAAAGGUGGCGGUGGUGGUGAAUAUAACGUUCAAGAAGGUUUCGGAUGGACCAAUGGCAUUAUUUUUGAAUUCUUAAAAACAUUUCCUAAUAUGAAAAUUAACAAUAAUGUUAACAACGACGUACCAAGUCCCGUUGAUGUUAACAAUAAUUCAUACGAUCACAACGACGUUAAAUAAUAAUCCAGGAUAACAGGAUACCGUGCCAAACAUGAUUUUGCCAAUGAAUCUAGUCCAUAAGGAAAAUAGGACAGCAAAGUUACCAAAUUAAAUUUUCAACUUUUUAUUAUUCUAUAUUAUAUUAUUAUCUUAUUGUUUAUACACUGUCUAAUGUAAGACAAAGUAUUGCAAGCCUCGCAUCGUUAUGUUAUAUUAGGUGUGAAUGAAUAAGUAUGAAAAUAGUAAAUUGUGUGUAUGUGUGUAUGAUUGUGAUUGUGUAUGCAUGUGCAUGUAAUUGAUAGUCGAGAAAAGUAUAGAAGAUUCUCUCGAGUUUAAAUGUAAUUGUGUUAUAUUAUGCGUGAUGCAAUGUGCAUUUGUCUUUACUAGAAAAUGUAUAUAUUUUGUACUUAGAUUUUGUUCAAAUCAAUAUUUGAACAUAAAUUGUAUAAUAUAUGUACAUAUGUAGAUUACAUAUCCCAUAUUAUUACGUAAUA